GGGAAGAAUCGUGGAAAUGGCGACGGCGGCCCCUCCUGGUCAACUCAACAUCUCAGCGCUGUUCAGCAAGCUGCUAUCGACAAAUCCACCCAGGUACAUGCUGUGUCUGCUGUCAGCAGAUUGCACUAUGUAUUAUUAUCACUACUGUUAGAUCAAUAUAAGACGUUUCAAAUAAAUUUAUAACACGUAUAAAAAAUUGCCUUGGCAAAAAUUUCAAGUAAAUAUUGAGCGUGUUAAUCGUUGAGUAGUGUUUUUGUGUGUUAUUCAAUUUAACCAAAUAGGAAUGCCUUGGAUCCACGGAUUAAUAAUGAAAAUACAACAGUAGCUACUGCGUUAUCAUAUAUACGUACAUUUCUAAUUAAUUAUUAAUUUCUAUAGCAUUUUGGGAUGUUUAUUUAGACUGGAAAGGUGGAAAUGGCAAGGAGUCGAAAGAAAUUUGAUAUAUUUUAUGCUUACGACUUUUGCAAAAAAAAAUAUUGCAGGAAUUGUAGAUAAUAUUGUAGGUAUUAUAUAUUUUUGUAAAAUCUUAAAAUGCCUGGAAGACCGCCAAAGAAUCACAUGUCCUGCUGGCACUUGAUUAUUAUGUUCGUCACAGAUCUGAUUCGUACUUAUAUUAAACUUCAAAAGUUCGCGAGAACGUUCAAAUUAAUUCUGCCGUUGUAAUGAUUUGGUACCGGGACCAGGUGCCUAUGGCUACUCAACAUGUUCCUGGAUCGAUCUGACUCACACAACAAUUUCCGUUAGAAAAAUCCUCCAUAUGGGAAUAUAGGACCUUCAUAUGUAUGUAGUUCAUACAAAUGUACGAAUGAAAGGAAAAUAAUGUACUGUCGCGGUAGUGAAGCUAAUAAAGUGCGGGAAUAACAGUCAUGAGAUUUCCUUUUCGGUUUUUAACUGAUAAUGCUUUAAUAAAUAGUCCAAAUGUACCAGCAAAGCCCUUAGAUAUAUUUGACCAACUUGAGUGUCGCCACAUUCUGUAACUCUUACAUAUCUAAGUUCACCGCGUCGCAUUUAUAAGGUCGUCACCGGGAUUUCCUGAGGAGUUUCAAUCCUGUGUAAGCAUCUGUUUUAUGAACUGAUUUGUUUUUUGUAAUUCUCUUGUUAAUUCAAGCAUCAGAAAUACCUCGAUCGAACAUAUCUCAUAAGGGUGAUAAUUGCUCUUAGUUCAUUGCUCAUGGAUAAGGAAAUAUUAAUUUUAGUUAAAUGUAGUUUAUAGUACCGUUUGAACUUUAGCUUUCAAGUGUGUAAUUCAAUAGAUACUGUUUCAAACAUAACUCAACUAAGCUCGUAAAAAGUCUGGAUGUUGAGUCAUUUUCAUACAAUUAACAAUCGCUGAAGAAGUUGUCUUCACUCGCGCCUUGAACACGUAUUUCGGAGAAACGCAGCGAUCCACAGACUCUGCUGUUCUUAAAUUGAACGGCUUCAGAUUAUAGCAGAUUCGUGAUUGAACGAAAGACUAUUGAAAAGACAUGGAAGCUUAUGGACAAGGUUGUAAAGCUAUGCCAACAGCCUCGCGUCAACUUGAAAAACUCACCCCCGUUCAUUUUAGACCUGUUGCCCGACACCUACCAACAUUUGCGGCUCGUAUACGCCAGGUACGAGUUGGAAAUGCAUGUACUAAAUGAAAACGAAUUCUUUCGGGAAUUUCUCGCGAACUUAGCCCGAAAGUGCAAACAAGCUAAUAAACUGUUUAAAGAAGGGAAGGAGAGGAUGUUUGACGAAACAUCACCUCAGCGGCGAAACCUCACCAAACUUUCCCUGGUUUUUUCCCAUAUGUUGGCUGAAUUAAAGGCGCUAUUCCCCGAUGGUUCAUUUGCUGGCGACAGCUUUCGAAUCACAAAGGCUGACGCCGAAACUUUCUGGAGAAGCAACUUCGGUAAUAAAACGAUCGUUCGCUGGAGCGAGUUCCGACGCGUCCUGCACAGCGUUCAUCCCAUUUCGUCGGUUCUGGAAUCGAUGGCAUUGAAAGCAACGAUCGACCUUACGUGUAACGAUUUCAUAUCGUGCUUUGAGUUUGACGUUUUUACACGACUCUUCCAGCCUUGGCAGAGUCUUCUACGAAACUGGCAGAUUCUUGCUGUUACACACCCAGGAUACGUUGCUUUUCUCACCUACGAUGAGGUCAAAGCGCGAUUAUCAGCAUAUCUGGACAAGCCUGGCGCGUACGUGUUUCGAUUGAGCUGUACAAGGCUCGGUCAAUGGGCCAUUGGAUAUGUGACGGCGGACGGCAGAAUUUUCCAAACGAUACCUCAGAACAAAUCUCUUUGUCAAGCAUUGCUAGAUGGCAAUAAGGAUGGCUCGUACCUCUAUCCUGAUGGACGUGCUGUCAAUCCGGACCUAUCAUUUGCCGUCAGAGAAGAACCAGAGGAUCAUAUACAAGUAUCUCAAGAGCAAUACGAGUUAUACUGUGAGAUGGGCUCCACCUUCCAGCUGUGCAAAAUCUGCGCUGAAAAUGAUAAGGACAUUCGACUCGAGCCUUGCGGACAUCUGUUGUGCACACCCUGUCUAUCGGCUUGGCAGGAGUCGGACGGCAGUGGGUGUCCUUUCUGCCGACAGGACAUCCGAGGGACCGAGCAGAUUAUUGUCGAUCCCUUCAAUCAGCAAAAUAAUAAUGACGAUUUACCGCUACUUCACAACCCCCAACAACAGCCACUACUACAGCAACAGCGAUCGCCAUGUCAACUACAGCCACAGCUUCAAUUACACCAAUUACAACAACUACAGCAGCAAGGUACACAGCAAAGUCAACAGCAGCAACAACUACAGGAAUCACAACCAUUGCAAUAUCAGACGCAAAACCAAGACCGGUCAACAACGACAGUUUCUAGUAGCAUUUUGACCGACACAACUUCAGCCGUUUUCGCGCAGGCCAGCUCCUCAACGCAGCAAUCACAUCAGCAGAAGGGCUCGUGAUAGCUGACAAACGAAAUAAGAAUUGAAGGCGAAAAGGAGAUUGCUGUAAACCCACUCCAAAUGUAAAAUGAAAGGACAAAAGUUGUCCAUAACACAUAGAGAUGUAUGUAUGACAUUGUCUGUACAGUGACAGAAUAUCUAAUAAACAACAGUGGAAGCUGAUUCAUCUUAUUAAUGGCGGCCACGAUAAAAGCGGUACCAUACCACGAAUUUUACAACUCACUGUACUUAUUAUUGAAUAUUGACAAAGCGUUUUACAACUAAUCUUGUUUGUUGCCAACAGAAUGAAUACGCGUAAAAUAAACACUUUGUUGCGUGUAUACACUACAUGACAUGCAAGGCUCACGUAGGAAGAACAGGUAGGUCUUCCAACUAUAUACCUUCAAUUGACUCACUACAUAGAUAGUAGUUAUAAGAAUGGCUAAGGCAGUCGAGAAAAACGUGACACGCCAUUGUUCGUUCAAACGUUAUUGAAUACUACUAACGAAAAUCGAUAUUAAUGACUUUUGUUAAACAUUAUAGUUUGACAUGACUAUUCACGAAAAGGGUAUAAAGUGAAGCUAAAUGUUUCGGCCAGUUGUUUAUCAAAUCGCUUGCAACAUGACUCAUAUAUACACAUUAAGUGAGGUGUAUCUGUCUCAUUUCAUCCACAGGGAGGUUAUGAGACAGAGCUCAAUUGCCCCGGAGUACAAAAAUCAUCGCUCACAUAGUUACAGGAGGGACUCUUGUAUAUCUAGCUUGAACAAUGCCAGUUUGUAUUAUUCGUAGAUCCACCGUGAAGCAUUUCGAAGGGUGUCAAUGCAUAUAUAUAUAAAAAAAAAAAAAAAAAAAA